GCCUCUCCCAACUCAAUCCACGAUUCCAAUUAUUGAACCUCUCUAAUUUACUUUAAUCACACAAAAAAAAAAGAAUCUGGUUUUUGCUUUGUAGAAAUCAUUUUACUUUCUACCACCUUGUAUCUAGAAAAUUUGAAAAACAUGACUAUUGCUUUAACGAUCGGAGGAAAUGGAUUCUCGGGUCUAUCCGGAUCUUCGUUUUCAUCAUCUUCUUCAUCUUUUCGGUUAAAGAACAGCAGAAGAAAAGACACGAAGAUGCUGAACAGAACAGGAGUCGUCUGUUCUUCAUCUUCUGUCAUGGAUCCGUACAAGACCCUUAAGAUCCGACCCGAUUCAUCAGAAUACGAGGUUAAGCAAGCUUUCAGACAACUCGCCAAAAAGUAUCAUCCUGAUGUUUGCAGAGGAAGCAACUGUGGGGUAGAGUUUCAGACAAUCAACGAAGCUUACAAUAUUGUGUUGAAGCAAAUAAAGAAUCAGAUGGAGGGAACAGAGGAGUUUCAGCCAUUCGAUGUGUAUGAUGAGGGAUUCAACGGAAUGAAUGAUCCAGAUUGCGACACGUGGGAGGAAUGGAUGGGAUGGGAAGGUGCAGGGACCAGAGACUACUCCUCUCACGUCAAUCCUUACGCUUAAAGUUGAGGAAAUGAUUCGAAUGCACAUAAAUGACAACAUAGAGACUAUAAGGAACGAUGUAAAUACAUGAAACUGUCUCGUGAACGGUACUUAAGAUGUAAAUAAAAAGUUAUCUCUCUUUCAUCAUGUAAAUCUCAGCGUUAAGCUUAAUGAAAAUUAUCUCAACGUAAUUAAAAAA